CAAAAGGAUAUUCCGAGAAAUUCUCUUUGGUACUUGCCAAUAAUACCUCGCCUUCAGAGGCUAUACAUGUCUCGAAAAAUAGCUGAGCACAUGACAUGGCAUUUGAAAUGUUGUGGUGAUACGGAUGAAGUCAUUCAUCCAGCACAAUCAGAAGCAUGGAGACAUUUUGAUCAAAUGCAUCCUUCUUUUAAAAGAGAACCUCGUAAUGUUCGAUUAGGUCCUGCUACUGAUGGUUUCAACCCAUGGGCUCAUUCUUCAACCUCUUACUCUUGUUGGCCAGUUUUUUUAAUUGUUUAUAAUUUGCCACCAGAAAUGUGCAUGCAACCAGAGUUUACUUUUCUUACAUUGGUCAUUGCUGGUCCAAAAAGCCUAGCAUUCUUUGAUUCUAUGGAACAUCUAACAAUUCAUCUUCCAUAUGAGGCCAGAGUUGGUGGUCCUGUUCAAUUUCGUUGGAUGUAUCCAUUUGAAAGGUGCAUACGCAAACUUAAGGGUACCAUAGGGAAUAAAAAUCAUGUCGAGGCAUCAAUUGUUGAGGCAUUUAUAUUAUACGAGAUAUCCCACUUUUGCUUUCGUUAUUUUGGGGAUGAUGUUGAGACAAGUUGGAAUCAGCCUCCAAGGAACUAUGGUGGCAUUGGAACCAACGUCCCAGGAACCACCAUUAAUUCUACAGAUGAAACUGAUUAUUAUGGUGUCUUAAAAGAGGUGAUCGAGUUAUUGUAUUAUGGACACUCAGGCCAUCAAGAGAUUAUAAUAUUGUUUAAUUGUGAUUGGUAUGACACGAACCGAGGAACACGUGUCAAUGUUGAAUAUGAAAUUGUUGAUGUUAAUCCAAGGUUUAAACUUUCAACGGGGGAGCCAUUUUGCCUUGCUAGUCAAGCACAACAAGUUUAUUAUACUCCAUAUCUGGCAACCACGGAUAGAACUACCCGGGGAUGGUUGGCAACAUGUAAAAUCAAAUCUAGACAUCUAAUUGAGACCUCAUCUACCUCAUCUGCAGGAGAGGUUGAUGAUAUUUUUCAAGAUGAUGACCCCUCGAUAAUGCAAGGCUCUUCAUUAGCUAUAGAUUUAACUGCAUACCAAUCACUUCAACUAUGUGCAGAGGGUUUUACAAAAGUUGAGGUUGAUGCUAAUAUAUCUGAAGAAAAGGAGGAUUAUGGAGAAGAAAAAGAUUCAAAAUCCUCAGGAAAUAGUGAUAAUGUUGAGGAUGAUGAUGAUAGCGAUGAUAGUGAUGAUUAAUUGAAACAUUUGUAUUAUUACUUAUUAAAUAUAUGUAUUAAAAUUUCUUUGUCUUACAUAUAUUGUUUUAUCAAGUUAUAUAUUUUUUAUUUAAAAUAAAAUCAUUGUAUGAUU